UGAUGCAAAUGUAUCCGGAAAGUACUUGUUUACAGUCAAUGUGUUCAUUUAAUUUGAAGCGUUUUUGCGACAUUGAUUUGUUUUGAUGACAGCAUGGCAGACUUCAGAAGUAACAGAAACGGGAUGUCGAGAACAGAGGAGAUGUUAGACAGUGAAAAUCAGCAGAGGGUGGAUAAUCUGGCCAACAAAGUGUCACGGUUGAAGAAUUUGGCUUUGGAUAUCGAAGAUGAAGCAACAGAUUCAAACAGAUAUUUGGAUAGUAUGGGUGGGGACUUUGAGAGUACACAGGGACUUUUGGGAGGAACUGUACACAGACUGUCUCACAUGGUCCAAGCCAAUCGUGGAAACAGAAAACUCAUGUGUUAUCUGGUACUGGGCCUGGUGUUCCUUUUCUUUGUGACUUAUUAUUUCAUUUCCAAGGUGACAAAGUGAGACAUAUUUCAGUGGAUCAUCCAUAUUGCCAGUGUUCUUGGUUUUAAAAAGUAUUUAUUCAAUCUGACAGAAAAAAGUGUGUUCCCUCUGUGGAAUAAUAUGAUUUCAGCAAUUGUUGAAUGAAUUGGUGUUUAGGAUCUAAAUGUUUUUCCCUCAUGAUUAUGAUUAUUAGCUCACCUAAGCCCAGGUUUAAGUGAUUUUUUCAGAGAGAGAGAGAGAGAGAGAGAGAGAAUAGAGGACUGAUUCUUGAUUGAAAUUUAUUCUGAUGUUAAUUGAAUAUUUCUAUGAUUAAUCUCUAUUAUUUUAUGUUGGAUACAUAUUUAUAAUUCUAUGUUUAUCGUAUUAUGGCAGUCAUAUAUUGUCAUUUUUCAUAUGUUGCUUGAAUAUGCAUAUUCAUAACAUUUUUUUUUUACGCAGGGUAAUAUAAAAAAAAUAUUACCGGUAAUAGGAGAUAAAUGCAAGUGCAUAUAAAUAUUAUUUGUAUAUUAAAAGAAGCAAACUUGUAAUUUCUAAUCAGUUUAUACAGAUUAUUUCCUUUUCCAUUUAUAAAACAAAAUGGAUAUUGUAUACAUGUGUGCUUUUAUUAGUGGCACCUUUGGGUGUAAUUAUUUAGGGGCUGUUUAGUGAUUUACCCAAAAUAUUGAUUUUAAUUCACUAAAAUAUUGGUAGAACUUGUUUAUGAUUUAGCCAGCUGGUCUUCUUACAUACAUCUGUGCCAAGUUUUGGCUAACAAGUACAUUGUAGUGUAUAUAUACCGGUAGUACACUGUACCGGUAUAUUUUUUGAUGAUCACUUGCAUAUGGUCAUUCAUACUAACUGACAAUCUGUAUUUUUUGUCAGAUAUUAUGUGGAUUUAAGGAAGUUCUCUUUGUCUUUAAAAAACUAUGGAAUUUUGUGCAAAGCAUUUUAGAAAUUAAUUUUAAUUUUUUUCAUGCAGUUAAUCUAUUUUGGAGGACAAGUUCUUUAUAACUAUUUACUUAUCAUGCAUCUUCAUUACCUGUAAAUUACAUGUAUAUAUAAUAUUGAAAAAUUUUGUUAGAUAUAUGUAUAAAAAUGGUAAAAUUGAA